CGGCGAGCGGCCGAGCGCCGUUUCGGCCGUUCGCAUUGGCCCAGUAUGGCGGCGUUCGGCGUGCGUGGUAGAGUGUAGCUGAACGGUGUUGCAUAAUUGACGGUAACCAGCUGUGAUCGCGGGGGCGAGCGAGCGAGCGAGCGAGCGAAAGGAGAAAGCGCGAGAGAGGCGGGUAAUUUCGGCGACGAGUGACGCUACGACAGCUCGACGACAGUGCCUCCCGCGGACCAAGAGAUAUGUCGCAGAGUGGAGGCUCGCGUUGCUAGCGCUGGCAAGAAUGCGGAAUCGGGCAUCGCCAAUCACGGAUCGGUAACGAACGGUGAGGAGCGGCGGCACGGCGAUAGCGUACCGCUCAAAAUGACGGCGAUCAAGGGCAGCGGCACGCCGGGCGCCCCCCGCCAGAACGUCCUGAGUAAUUUCAAGUACGAGUACUUUGUCGCGGGCAUCUCGGGCGGCGUCGUCUCGACCCUGAUGCUGCACCCGCUGGACCUAAUCAAGAUCCGAUUUGCAGUGAAUGAUGGUCAAACAACUGCAGCACCGCGAUACCACGGUCUCAGAAAUGCCAUCGUUCAGAUCGUUAAAACCGAGGGUGUGCGUGGACUCUACAGGGGUGUAACACCAAAUGUUCUAGGAUCGGGCAGUUCGUGGGGUUUCUACUUUUUCUUCUACAACACGAUAAAAACCUCGAUCCAAGGUGGCAAUUCGAAGAAACCUCUCGGACCAUCCAUGCAUAUGUUCGCUGCCGCUGAUGCCGGAGUGCUUACAUUGCUCAUGACCAAUCCGAUCUGGGUGGUAAAGACACGGCUGUGCUUACAAUAUGCUGAUGAUGUGAAAAUAGCGGAGUCCAAGAAAUAUCGUGGCAUGGUUGAUGCUUUAAAGAAGAUUUACAAGACGGAGGGUAUUAGAGGCUUAUAUAAGGGUUUAGUUCCUGGAUUGUUUGGUGUUUCACACGGUGCAAUACAAUUCAUGGCGUACGAAGAGAUGAAGAAUAAAUACUAUAACUACCUGAAUGUACCGAUCGAUACGAAAUUGAGUACAACCGAAUACAUCGUCUUCGCGGCGAUGUCGAAGCUGAUCGCUGCAGCGUCGACAUACCCUUAUCAAGUAGUGAGAGCACGACUUCAGGAUCAUCAUCACGAUUAUCGGGGUACCUGGCAUUGCAUUCAAUGCACAUGGAGGUAUGAGAGUUGGCGUGGCUUUUACAAGGGUUUAAGCGUUAACCUCGCCAGAGUGACCCCGGCUACAGUUAUCACGUUUGUGGUCUACGAAAAUAUGCUUCAUUAUCUGCAAUCCAGGCGUGCCACCGUGGAACAAGCGAUCACUGUACCUGCGAUUAGCAGACUGAAGGAGUAAGGUAAAACCAGGGGAUCUCUCGGAGCUUUACCAAAAUACACGUGUAAUCCGGAGCUGUUCGGAGUCGUAUGAAUACAUAUAGUCGUCUGACACAUGUGGAAACCAGUGAUUUGUAAUUACAAUAAAAUUCCAUUGUGAAGAAAAGACUCGAGAUACAAGCCUCAGAAAACAAAGAUUUAAAUUUCUCGCUAAUAUUCGAAGAGACUGAAGUUGACUUACGAAAGGUUUGCAAGCAUUAGAAAUAAUAAUUUU